GGCUUUGCGAUAGAAGCGGUGGAGGCGUUUCUUCCCCAGCUCGGCGAUGGCCUGACGCUCGAAAUCGAAUGCGAGCCGCGGAAUGAAACGAGCUGGAAGCUGGGUCUGCGGUUGGGAUUUGAGGAGAUAGGUACGGUCGAGAAGGCUGAGUUCUCCAAAGGCGAGUGGGUGGACUCGUUGGUGCUGCAUAAG